GCUGCCCUGCUUCCUGCCCCCCCCCCCACCCAGCACAGUCCUCCCAUCGGCCUCCAGCCCACUACCACGACGACGGGAGGCCCUCGGCUGUUCCCAGCAAGCCUGUGGAUGCCACUCGAGAUGUCCCCUUUUGGAUGCUGGGGUCUGCCCACCGCCCUUCUUGCCCUGUUCUGCUGCCCAGGGUCUGGGGAGGAGUUCGAGGUCCACAUGUAUCCAGAGCAGCUGGUGGUGGAGCCCGGAGGGUCCCAGCUGGUCAACUGUAGCACCAGCUGUGCGAACCCUAAGACCGGGGGCCUGGAGACCACGCUCACCAAGACCCUGAACCAGUCCGGACCCCAGUGGAAGCAGUUCUUGGUCUCCAACAUCUCCCAGGACACCGUCGUCCACUGCCACUUCACCUGCUUCGGGAGUCAGAAGUUGAAGAGUCUUAACGUCAGCGUGUUCUACCCUCCCAAGCAAAUGCUCCUGAAGAUACAGCCCACGUGGGUGGCUGUGGGGAAGUCCUUCACCAUCGAGUGCCACGUGCCGGAUGUGAAACCCCUUGAGAGCCUCACUCUCACCCUGCUCCGUGGCAAGGAGACCCUGUGCAACAAGACCUUUACGGGGGAGAAAAAUGACACCCAAGGAGCCACGGCCACGCACAAGGGCAUGGCUCACAGGGAGGACGGCCGCCACAACUUCUCGUGCCACGCCCGCCUGGAUCUGCGGUCUCGCGGCGGGGACAUCAUUCACCACGUCUCCGAGCCCCAGAUGCUCAAGGUCUAUGAGCCCACACCGGACAACCAGAUGGUCGUCAUCAUCUCCGUCGUGUCGGUGCUGCUCUUCUUGUUUGUGACGUCUAUCCUCCUGUGCUUCAUCUUGGGCCAGCACUGGCGCCAGAGGCGGAUGGGCGCCUACGGGGUACAAGAUGCUUAGGUGGGGCCUGAGUCAGGCCUACUGGCACAGCCUACACGAGUGGCAUGGCCACCGCCACAGCAGCUGCUGGAACUCAGCGGGACUCCUCAGGAUUGUGGUCUAGCCCUGGCUGCGGGACGGUUACAAGCAGCCGAGGACAAUGGGGUCGUUUCCUUUUCUAGUCUGCAUAUAAACACGUGGACCCAA